AUGAUCCGCACUUAUUAUUGGUUGCUUGCUAUUGUUGCCUGUAUCGCCAUCUGUCAAGUGGGAUUUCAAGACAUUGACAACACAAACCGUGUAUUGCCUUUGAGUAAUAAUCCAGCCCUUGAAAUAGUUGAAGAUAUUGAAUUGAAUGCCACGAAUUGGCAAUCAAUAUUGCAGGAUCAAUGGCUGGUUGAGUUUUACGCAUCCUGGUGUAAGUCCUGUACAAAAUUCUCACCUAAUUGGGUUAAAGUUAAUGCUGUAGCUGCAAAUUAUGGUGUCAAUAUAGGACGUAUUGAUGUAACACUCUCCCCGCUUCUAAGCUAUCGUUUUCGGGGAGUUGCACUACCAGCAAUAUUUCACAUUAAUCACGGCGAGUUUCGUGAAUAUUGUGGCAAUCUGAAAGAUGAAUCCGUCAUAAAUUUUAUUAGAAAGGAGAUAUGGAAACAUUAUCAGCCCGUUACUAGUUGGAAGUUAACAGGAAUGGCUCAACGCAUGAAAGCUUAUUCAUAUUUCCUUAAACUAUCACAAACAUUCAAAACAAUUGAUAAUAUAUUGCAACAGGAGUUUUACUUUUCUUUCUGGAUCACGUAUGCAAUAUUUAUAGUUGCUUCUUUUGUUGUAGCUUCAGUGUUAGGCAUUGUAUGUGGUGCGGUUAUAGAUGCAAUUGAGUAUUUCAGAAGAGAAACAUUACCAAUCUAUAUACUCCACAUGAAUCAGAAAAACUAUGUAGAAGAAGAAGAGUUUUUCGAAAUUGAGGAUACAAGUGAAGAAUCAGAAGACGAGGAACAACACGACACACAAGAAAGACUUAAGGAAAUAGUACAAUUGCUGUGUUCCACUGAUCAUGAUGAAAAGCUGAGAUUAUGGUCGAAACUUUUCCUUGAAAAUAUUAAGCAAAAAAAACCAAUAUUUUUUGGCUGA